GUUAUCAACAAACAUAUUGUUCAAGAUGAGUACUGAAAAUCUUGUUUGUUUUGUACCGUAACCAUGUGAUGUUUAUCAGUGAUAUGGGAGUGACAUAAAUAACACAUGAUUAUGAAAUAAUAUCUUCUUUCUCACAUCUUUUUGUCGUAUUGGCGGUUGUUUUUAACCGUCAAUACGGGCGGUUGUUUUUUUUGUUUGUUUUUCUUUUUUUAAAGUCGAUUUGAAGCGAAAUAUUUUAAUUUAAACGUAACCGUUUGCAAUAUUAUUACCAUCCGGAAAACGUGAUCUGCUUAUAACGAUAAAGAUACUUAUUGCAGCGCCAACAUGAUCCUGUCAUCAGCGUUCUGCGUCAUAUUGGUCAUCGUUAAUGCUGUCAUCUGUACCGAAGGAACGUCUGUAUCCCGGUCAUUUUCUUCAGUCAUCAUCCAAUUUAAUAAUACUGUUUGCAAAGUUCAGGUAGGACGAGGAAGAGUUAUCAUAUAUUCGGAGAGGUUUGCAAAAAACUGAUAACUAGAAAUGAAAGAACCAAAGGAAACAUGUUCUUUAGAGGAUCAUGUAGUAAUUGCUACGAUUAUGAGAUGAUGGUCAUGUACAAUCGAUAUAUAGGUUCUGAAAAGGAAUCAUGUGAAAGGUACGACAUGUGAGAAAAGCUUUCGAUGUCAAGUUUCACAUGGCUACUCGUUCUUUAACUCAUUUGCCUUUGGUAUCAUACUCAAUUCACAUGUCUCUCGAUUUCUAAAUAGGCAAGGACAAAUAACAAAAUAAUGAACUUUAUUUUGCAGGAUGGUGUCCUCUCGAUCAAUGAUAAAGUUAUUGGUCAUUUAACGGAGGAACAGAAAGAGGAAUUAGAAAAGUACACUAAUCGAACGGAACAAUGGUCCAAUCAAUUGUACCAACAAAUGCAAAAGUUUUUUGAAAGUGUUUUUGGAUCGAUGAAGAACAUUUGGGAGAAUGCAUGGAAUUCCCAUUCGCAGCUUUCACCGCAGUCAUCAAAGCCAGAUAACAUUAUCACAGAGAAUAAAUCGGGAGAUCAGGAAGAUGAUGUUCCUUCACUUUUUAAUGUCUUGGAGCCACCAUCAUUUUGUAAAGUUAAUUAAUUGCCAUAAAUGGCACUGUGAUCCACAAUUUGCAUAAAAUAUUUUCAUCUCUGAGAUUUUAAUUUUUUAUUGAAAAUAUAUUUUCUCGAAAAAUCAUAUGACAACGAAAUCAUAUUAAAUUAUGGUUUAUUACAUCAUAUAGUUAGUAAGGCUAUUAAAUAGCCUUGUUCAAAAAUGCAAACAGUACGCUAACAGUUAUGUAAACGACCCGAUUUUUCAACAAUCUUUGACUUAUUUGUUAUUUUCAUUGUACAUUAUGCAUUAUGCAGCAGUGCAUUAUAGUUU